GUGACACGGAAGGCAAGCGCGCGCAAUGCACAACUCUGAUACAGGACUAUCUGAACAACCACAUAGCCAACACCCUAACGCAAGACUCGGUGGAAGAACUGGAGACCCCUAUAUCAUUGGACAAACUAUGCACGGCUCUCAAACUAUCGAAACGAAAUAAAGCCCCGGGCCCAGAUGAGUUCCCUGCAUCGUACUACAG